CGCGAUAAAGCUGCUCCCGCGAUUUAUAGAUCGCGACUAAAACCCGCGAGCUACGACGGCGAAAAAGUGUCGACGCGACACGAGGGAAGUCGCAGGACGGAUCAAAUAUCGCGGCGAAAUAUCGAUAUAGCCUAACGACCCCCCCCCCCACCUCGCGAAAUCGAAAUCGAGAUCCGGCGAACGUCGGACGGUACCGAAGUGAAGUGAGUGCGCGAGGCGGCAACAUAACCUCGUCGCGUCGCAGUUGUGGACCACGAUACCGUCUUUGUCGACUCGCCCCUGCCUAAUAAGGCGAGAAGAGGAAAGGGAGAAGCCGAGGAGACCCCCCUCGAUCUCUUGACGCGCGUCCGCGAGCCCGGACCUCACUCCCGUUUCCCGACGUCUCGAGGAGGAGGCGAGUAGCGUCCCGGUUCGAACGCACGGACAAAUAAUGUCUGACCCGCGCAUAAGAACGCUCAAGAUUAAGACAGGAGUAGUGAAGCGCCUCGCCAAGGAGAAGGUCACGUACGAGAAGGAGGCGGCGCAGCAGCGCGAGAGGAUACAGAAGCUGAAAGAUCAGGACAAAGACAGCUACGACAUAAAGAAGCAGGAGGAGGUGCUGCAGGAAUCCCUUAUGAUGGUGCCAGACUGUCAGAGGCGCCUCGUUAAAGCGUUUGAGGAACUCAAGAAGAUCCUGGACACCGAGCAAGACUUGAAGGAGGUCGAGGGUUACAUUGAAGCCGAAAAAGUGCUGCAGGAGGCAGAGGAGCAGCUGCCGAAGGAAGGGGAUAUCCUGCAGAUGUGCUAAGGAAGACAAUGUCCGACGAUCUUUGCUAAAUUACUUUCAAAUAUUAUCCGAAUAUUUAUACCCCUCACCCUUACUAAUCUGUUACAAUUGACUAAUUGUACACUUGAAACUACUGUA